CGCGCUCCCGGCCGUCCAAUCGGCGUCGAGGUGUGGGAUUCAAAUGGAGAGUUGCGCCAGGCGCGUCUGUUAACCGCGGUGAGGUGGUUUCGGCUGAGAGACGGAGCGGGGCGUGAUAGGCCUUCGUCUUGUUCUUCUUCCUCGCCAUGGCCCACAAGCAGAUCUAUUAUUCUGACAAGUACUGCGACGAGAACUACGAGUACCGACAUGUGAUGCUGCCAAGAGAGCUCUCAAAACAAGUACCGAAAACUCAUUUAAUGACUGAAGAGGAAUGGAGACGACUUGGUGUUCAACAGAGCCUUGGCUGGGUCCACUACAUGAUUCAUGAACCAGAACCACAUAUCCUCCUUUUUAGAAGACCACUUCCAAAAGGCCAGCAGAAAUGACUUCUCUCAACUUCUGGAAUAUUGUGUAAAAAUGUAUAUAUGUUGGUAGUAUUCAGUGAAUACUUGAGAAUGUACAAAUACGUCAUUACCUGUGCAUGAGCUGUAUUAUUCACAGCAACAGAGCUCAGUAAAGUGCAAACGAAGUAGGCUGCUAUGGUCUUAAACUCUUAUUGUUAACAAGUGCCUAUUUGAUCUUGUCUAUUUUGUUCAAUGUACUGAAUGUGUUGAGAGAACCUUUUCAAUAUCUAUUCCUUCUGUUAAGUAAUACAGGGUGUUUGAAAAAGAACUCCCUAGUUUUAAUGUGUCUAUACUCAAAACUAGGGAGUUCUUUUUCAAACACCCUGUAUUUCCCUCCAGUUGUUGGAGCAAUACUUGCAGUGGCUUUUCAACUGUUGAAGUAGGUCUAGAGAAAUAAAUCUGUUUUUAAUAUUG